CGAACCAGAGUUUCGAGGGAGACGUACGAGAGUAAGACGAACAUAGGCAUAACCAUGGCGGCUACUGUAUCUGCCUGGGCUAAGCCCGGGGCUUGGGCCCUGGAUUCCGAGGAACAUGAAGCUGAGCUUCUUCAUCAGAAGGAAGAAGAUGACGCUGCUGCUUUUCCUUCUCUUGCCGCUGCCGCUGCAACCAAACCUAAGAAGAAGAAGGGCCAGACCAUCUCCUUGGCUGAGUUCACCUCUUAUGGGGGCGCUAAACCGGCUCAGACAUCUCAAUCCGAUGUCUUAACACAUGAAGAUCUCAUGAUGCUGCCAACAGGUCCUCGCCAGCGAACCGCCGAGGAGCUUGACCGUGACAGGAAUCGGCUUGGCGGUGGCUUUAGGUCCUAUGGUUCCCUUGACCGGCCUAAUAGGAAUUAUGGCGGUGACGAUUCCUCCAAUUCUAGAUGGGGUUCUUCUAGGGUUUCUGACGAGCCAAGGCGGAAUGGUUCGUUUGGUAGGGAAGCAAAUCGUGAUAUGGCUCCCUCGCGAGCCGAUGAAAUAGAUAAUUGGGCUGCUGCAAAAAAAUCAACAGUGGGAAACGGAUUUGAGGGGAAGGAAAGGGAUAGAGGACGGUUUUUUGAUUCUCCUUCCAGAGCUGACGAAUCGGACAGCUGGGCAUCAAAGAAGAACUUUGUGCCAUCAGAGGGACGGAGAUUUGGUUCUAAUGGCGGUGGAUAUGAAAGGGAGAGGAAAGUAGGAUUCGUUUCCAGUGGUGGUGCAGACUCAGAUAAUUGGAAUAGGAAGAAGGUGGAAUCUAACGGUGGAAAUGAGAGAAGUGAGACUGGAAGUGUUAGACCGAGACUCGUUUUGCAACCUCGAUCAAUGACUGCGAAUAAUGGAAACCAGGAGGGUUCUGGGACAGUGACCAAGCCCAAGGGCUCAAGUCCUUUCGGAGACGCUAGGCCAAGGGAGGAGGUUUUGGCAGAGAAAGGGCAGGAUUGGAAGAAGGUUGAUGAGCAGCUUGAGACAAUGAAGAUUAAGGAGCCGGUAGAGCAAAAGGAUGGGUUUGGGAAGAGGGGUUUUGCGGCUGGCAGUGGCGGUGCUAAUUUGCCCGAUGAUCGGACUGAGAGAAGUUGGAGGAAGACUGAAUCUGACGAUAGUCGUCCAAAUAGUGCUGAGAAAGUUGAGAAUGGGCGUGUUGAAGAAAGCUGAUGAGCUGUGAAUUUUCUUUGCCCCUGCACAUUUUUGUCAGAGCUGGAAAGGGUUGUGGGGAUGUUAGACCUCGUGUUUUUGCCAAAUUGAAGUUGUCACCACGACUUUGGUCUUUUCUCUUGAGACACUAGUGAAGUGAUAAAAUUUUGUUAGUUAUUCUGAUAACUUAGGUAGUCUUAUAGCUUUUAUGGCUUUUUUGUUAAGUGAGGCAGUGAUUUUUAUUUUCUUUCACCAUUUAAUAUAUAGACUUAUGUUGUCUGCAAAAUCUCGAUGCUGGGUUUUGCAGACGUAGUAUGUGCUCUCGACUAAUUUACAAGUGCCACGAUAUUUGUUUAUUGUUUUGUUCUUUUUCAUCAGCCUAGGUUUCCGUGUGUCCCAGAAAACUUGGUUAUAAUAGAUGCCAAUGUCAUGUUCAUCGUGAUAUGAAGAUUACUCUGUUGUUUUAGCUGUAGCCAGGAGAAUGCGUAAGCUGUUGGGGAACUGCUGGUUUGUGUCUUUUAACGUUUAAUAACUUAUUUUGGGGGGCAUGACAAUUGCUGACCUUGUAAAAACAUUGAUGACAAUUGAGAAUUCUAAUUAUUGAGACGC